UACCAUUUUUCAUCCAGCAGCAAUUUGGAGUGGAAACGUGUAAUAGGGGGAAAAAAAGCAGGGUUCUCGGCGGUAUCGGCGAGCCGUGCAGCCAGGAGCCAAAAAAGAUUAGCGGGCCCCCCCCGCAGCCACGCUCAUCCCCGCUUACACACACACACACACACACACACACGCACAUCUUCGCGGCACCGCGCGGCUCCGCGCUCACCCGCCGGACAUCGAGCGAAAGGGAUUCGUCUGGAGGGCAAUUUCGGAUCGGGGGAGAUCUAUUGGAUUAGGAGGAUUAUCUGCCUGCAGACGGAGAGAAGUAGCGUUUGAUCAUUUCUAUUGCUUGCCUGAUGGUCGGAUUUAAAUGGAGGUGGCUCGGCACGGAUGAGGCUGAAUUCCGGAUGGGGAUUUCCAGCCCCCCCUCCCCUCGCUCCGAUCCGAAGAAAGGGGAGAAAAAUAGCUCACAAUCGAUAUAAUUCGGAAGCGUCCGGGGCACGAUUGGGAAACCUCCAGCUCCCGGCGGCUCGGAGAGAGCCGGAGGAGGAGAAUCCGAUGAAUUACAGUUUCAGCGGGGAUUGCAGAAAAGCGGCCGCGAACUGGAUAUAGACCUGCGGCUAACUGGAUUUGAUUUAUAAGAGGGGAUUCUGCAGUAAAUGGCCGCUCUCUUCAUAUUGCUGCUAUGGAAAACAGAAUUGUCAAUAGGAUGUAGUCUGAUAAAUAGUGCUGAGUGAAGAUGCAGCUUCAAUAAGUGUGAAAUCAAUGGAAGAUACUUACCGCAUGAAAAGCCUUUUGAGAUUUUUCUGACAGGCUCCUAUUUAGGAAACUUGAUCUGUUUCCUUUGGUCGCCCUCUUUUUACACCAGUGGAUACAAAUAAGAUUGCUUCACUGUAGUCACACAACUAAUGUGGGACCAUGGCCUUUCCAAGAUCCAUGUGGCUGAACUGUGUAUGGAGAGCGCUGAUAGCCCGCCUGCUACACAUGGGAUUGAAUGCCACUUUUGCUUUCUCUAUACUUGGAUUUUUGCUUCACGCUGCAGCUGUGUCCUCCCAAAAAUUGGAUGAUACCAACCCAGUGGUGACCACCAACUUUGGCAAGAUAAGAGGGAUUAAGAAGGAACUAAAUAAUGAAAUUUUGGGGCCUGUUAUUCAGUUUCUCGGGGUUCCGUAUGCUGCCCCUCCAACAGGGGAGCGCCGCUUUCAACCUCCUGAGCCUCCGUCUCCCUGGGCAGAUAUCAAAAAUACCACUCAGUUUGCUCCAGUGUGUCCCCAGAACAUUAUAGAAGGCAGGUUGCCUGAAGUCAUGCUUCCCGUGUGGUUUACUAAUAACUUGGAUGUAGUUUCCACCUAUGUACAAGAUCAGAAUGAAGACUGCCUGUAUUUGAAUAUCUAUGUCCCAACCGAGGAUGUCAAAAGAAUAUCCAAGGAAUGUGCCAGAAAACCCGGCAAGAAAAUUUGUAGAAAAGGAGGUCCCCUUACAAAGAAACAGACAGAUGAUUUAGGUGAUAAUGACGGUGCUGAAGAUGAAGACAUUCGGGACAGUGGGGGACCUAAGCCUGUGAUGGUGUAUAUUCAUGGAGGGUCCUACAUGGAAGGCACUGGAAAUUUAUAUGAUGGCAGUGUUCUAGCAAGUUAUGGGAAUGUGAUAGUCAUCACGGUCAACUAUCGCCUUGGGGUACUUGGAUUUUUGAGCACUGGGGACCAAGCAGCAAAAGGAAACUAUGGCCUCCUUGAUCUAAUUCAAGCUUUGCGAUGGACUAGUGAAAAUAUUGGGUUCUUUGGUGGUGACCCAUUAAGAAUAACUGUUUUUGGAUCUGGUGCAGGCGGUUCAUGCGUCAAUCUGUUGACUUUAUCCCAUUAUUCUGAAGGUAACCGUUGGAGCAAUUCAACCAAAGGACUUUUUCAAAGAGCGAUAGCUCAAAGUGGAACAGCACUCUCCAGCUGGGCGGUUAGUUUUCAGCCUGCAAAAUACGCCAGGAUGCUGGCUACAAAAGUUGGUUGCAACAUGUCAGACACUGUAGAACUGGUAGAAUGUCUACAGAAGAAGCCUUAUAGAGAACUUGUUGACCAGGACAUUCAACCAGCUAGAUACCAUAUAGCCUUUGGACCAGUAAUUGAUGGUGAUGUGAUACCAGAUGAUCCUCAGAUAUUGAUGGAACAAGGAGAAUUCCUCAAUUACGACAUCAUGCUGGGAGUUAAUCAAGGCGAAGGGUUAAAAUUUGUUGAAAAUAUUGUGGAUAGUGAAGAUGGCAUAUCAGCCAGUGAUUUUGACUUUGCAGUUUCUAAUUUUGUUGAUAACCUGUAUGGAUACCCUGAAGGCAAAGAUAUAUUGAGGGAAACUAUUAAAUUUAUGUACACCGACUGGGCAGAUCGACACAAUCCUGAGACCAGAAGGAAAACACUACUGGCUUUGUUUACUGAUCACCAAUGGGUUGCACCAGCAGUGGCCACAGCAGAUCUUCACUCAAAUUUUGGAUCGCCUACAUAUUUCUAUGCCUUUUACCAUCAUUGCCAGACAGAUCAGGUACCUGCGUGGGCAGAUGCAGCCCAUGGAGAUGAGGUUCCUUAUGUACUGGGAAUCCCCAUGAUUGGUCCUACUGAAUUAUUUCCUUGUAAUUUCUCCAAAAAUGAUGUCAUGCUAAGUGCAGUAGUGAUGACAUACUGGACAAACUUCGCUAAAACUGGUGACCCAAAUCAACCAGUGCCACAAGAUACAAAAUUCAUCCAUACAAAACCAAACCGCUUUGAAGAAGUAGCAUGGACCAGAUAUUCUCAGAAAGACCAGCUGUAUCUUCACAUUGGAUUAAAACCACGAGUUAAAGAACAUUAUAGGGCCAAUAAAGUGAACCUUUGGUUGGAACUGGUACCUCAUCUGCACAAUCUUAACGACAUUUCACAGUAUACCUCUACCACAACUAAAGUGCCAUCAACAGAUAAUACUUUCAGACCAACAAGGAAAAAUUCAGUUUCUGUUACUUCAGCCUUUCCUACAGCCAAACAAGAUGAUCCCAAACAGCAACCAAGCCCAUUUUCAGUGGAUCAAAGGGACUAUUCAACAGAAUUGAGUGUUACUAUUGCAGUUGGUGCAUCUUUACUCUUCCUGAACAUUUUGGCCUUUGCAGCACUGUACUACAAAAAGGACAAGCGGAGACAUGAUGUUCAUAGGAGAUGUAGCCCACAACGUACUACUACCAAUGAUCUCACCCAUGCACAAGAAGAGGAGAUAAUGUCCCUCCAAAUGAAGCACACUGACUUGGAUCAUGAAUGUGAGUCCAUCCAUCCACAUGAGGUGGUUCUCAGGACCGCCUGUCCCCCAGACUACACGCUAGCUAUGAGAAGGUCUCCUGAUGAUAUUCCCCUAAUGACGCCCAACACCAUCACAAUGAUCCCCAACACUAUACCAGGGAUUCAACCCUUACACACAUUCAAUACAUUUACCGGAGGACAGAACAAUACUCUGCCCCAUCCUCAUCCCCACCCCCAUUCACACUCAACAACCAGGGUAUAGCCAGACAAGAUGAAACAAACUUUAUUUUUUGAUGGAUUACAGUAGGUGAUAUUACUGAAGAUUACUUGGCUUUCAACCUACAAGACUCUUACUAUUUAAAUAUGGAGGAAUAUUAUGUGAAUAUACAUAUCAAGAACUUUUGGGGUUUUGAGAAAAAAAGAAAAAGAAAAAAAAAAAAAGAAUUGUACAUAUAUAAAAUGAACUUAAGAAACAAAAACAAACAAACAAAAAACCACCCAACUGUUUGCAAUUGCUUGAAGCAGUUGUCCUGAAUGAUACUUUUUCGUUCACAUUCAAGUAUUAAUUUUCUGAAGAUUUGAGUUACAUAAUGGAAUUAGGCAUGUGCAACACAAACAGGAAAGAACAAAGACUGAAAAUUUUAAAAACCUAUAAAUAUGCACAAGGGACACACUAAUGGAAUGUCAGAUAAUUUUCACCAGUUUUUAUUUGGACCUGUUUUAUUGUGUAGACCAUAUUUACAUAUUUGAAUAAGUACACAAAGCACCAGUGCUGUUAAGGCCUUAGGAAGGGGCUCAUGCUGAGAUCUGCCAGUCAGACAAAGAAGUUUUACAGCCUGGCAGGUACAACAUUAUCACUUAAGUGCUGUCAGUAUAAAAGUUGUGGGAAUAAAAGAAACUGGAUAUUUUUAGCACGAUGUGCAUGAUAAUUUAUAUGCUUGGUGGCUGUGCUGCUGAUUAAGCCGUAAUUAAAAUUCUUCUCAUCCCAUUGGAGUUUUUAAUAGAAGCUUUCUCCAUCAAUUGGCACAACCUAAAGAAGUUUUUGAAAGGGGCAAAAGUAAUUACAGUGAAAUAUUUCAUAGUAAUUUCAGUAAAAGAAGGAAUUGCAACAGUUCUAAAAGGUAUUUUUGGAAUUCUAGGUAUGCAGUGGUGAAAACUCACUGGUUUGAAUCCCAGAAAAAAAAUCUAUUUUAUUAAUGUUGUUUUCCUUUUCCAUCUAAAUAAUGUCUAACAUUAACAUAGUUGUAACUCUGAUGGAAGAUCCUGUGGUGAAGGAUUUAUGAUUUUCUGUGAUUUAGUUACAAUAUAUUUAGAUCAAAUUGGUGAGGUAAAGUGUGUCCAAAGAUUGAAUUGCAAUGAUAUUUUGCAAUAUAAAAACGCCCCAAUAUUAUCACUCUGGUUACACCUCUCAGUUUAUUGUUUGAACUCAUGUUGCAUGUUACAGAGUUUACUUCUUAUAAUACUUUAAUAUAAAGUUGAUUCCCUUUUCGCUCUAUGUUAGCCAUUUAAAUUAAUUCUGUAGACCAAAAGAAAAAUGUUUGUAAGAACGGGGAGAGAGCCAAAAUCUGGAAAUUUUAAAAUCUGAAUACUACGUAUGUUUGUGUGAUUUGAAAUGAGUGUUCUAAAAUGAAAAGAAAUUUUUCAUUCCCUGUUGCUUUUCAGUAAUUAUAUACCACAGUCCUUUCAAAAUGUUUGUAUAUGUAAUCAGAUGUACAUUUAUAUAAAAGAAAUAAUUCAGAUGGACUUAAGAGCACAUCCCUGAUAAAUACUUUCUCUCUUACCUGUACUAUAUUUCUAUUAGACUAAAGUUAUGUGAUUUUUUUUUACAUUUUUUCAAAUUACUAGCAAUUUUGAUAGUUUGUAAGAUAAUGCGAAGAACUUUCUCUGACAAACUAACUGCAGUAACAGAAACAUUUCUUUUCAGUUACUCUUUUUCAAGAAUGAAAGCUUAUUACACGAAAAAAAAUAAAUAAAUUGUAUACUACUUGAUGGAAAAUUACUUUGUACUUCUUGGCCAUAUUACUGGUCACUGAGUGAAAUAAAGAUAAUCUGGAUAACGAAUAUUAUUCCAAUGCUAAGAGACCUGAUCUUUGCUCAUUAAAGAGCUAAAAUGUUUAUUGCUGUUUUGUCAUUUUUUAAUGAAGUAAUGGUAACUGUCUCAAAUAAAGAGUAAUAUCUUAAGACCAGUCUGGUUUUUGAAGACAUGGACAUGCCGUCUACAAUUAACAGAAAUUCAUGAUUACAGGCUAGUCCCAGCUACCAUAAUAUCUUCCAAAAGUAUCACCUUUAUGUAAUACAAAAAAUGACUCCUGUCAUUUCUAGGAAGAAGUUCAAAAUAUAAAUAUGAGGACCAAAAAAGAAAGCCAAAACAGGCCUAAUUGGAAUAAAGUUGUGGAAGUCCACAACAGAACAAUUUCACCUUGGUUUUAUUUGGAUGUGUUAACAUUGAUGGAACAACCUCUGGGAAGUUCAAAGCCCAUUUGCCAACAUCAAGCACAAAAACAUUAAAACUGAAGCUGUAAUCAAAAGAAAAUGCUGUGAUUUCAGUCAUUUUGUUUUACUAGAAAAUCCCACGAUUGAAAUCUAUGUAUUUAACGAGUGUAUCUCUCAGUCCCCAGUGUUAAAUUAAGAUCUUUUGGUAGAGGCAAAAACAGCUUUGUCUUCAAAAUCCAGAGCGGUCUGUGUGCAAUUUCUGCCUGAUGUGGUUGUGCUUUUAGACUGUGACCUGCCAAUGUAAACCAAUAAAAAAUUGUCUGCCAUCUGAUAAUUAUUGUUUAAUAGGAAGAUUGUAUUUUGCUAUGUUGAUGAACAAAACAACAACAACAACAACAACAAAAAA